AUGCGUUUCUUCUCCGUCCUCGGCUUCGCGGCCGCGGCCGUUGCCCAGCUGACGUCGUCUUCCCUCGAGAAGCACGUCGAUACCGCCACCAUCAAGUCCUUCAACCCCAUCAAGGAGGCUUACUGGACCGGUCUUCCUCACCACCGCCGCACCCCCUUCGCCGUCUCCCCCGACGGAAAGUCGGCCUGGCUCGCGUACCUCGACUCCUCCGAGACGGGCGUCCACGUCCAGCAGAUCGACCCCACCACCUUCGCCGCCACCGGUGACCCCGUCACCGUCUCUGGUGGUAAGGAGGCCGCCGGUCUCGUCGCCCACAACGAUGGUUUCGCUCUCAUGACCAACGAGGUCCUCUCCGGCUCCGGCACCGACGUCGCCAUCGCUGUUCUCUACCGCUACACCACCGGCAAGACCGAGCCCACCUUCAAGACCUGGCUCGGCGGUCCCAACGUCGACGGCAGCCAGGCCAUGGCCUCCCCCGACGUCAACGGUGACCUCGUCUUCUCCGAGAAGGCCGGUUACUACGCUGCUUACAUCGUUGUCACCGCUUACCAGGGCGAUGCCACUGGUCACUUCGGUGAUGCCAUCCGCUACGUCGACACCGCCGGCAAGCUCACCUCCAUCGCCGGCGCCUCCUCCAGCUGGGGCUGCUCCCACAACACCGGUAUCGCCUUCGAGGCCGCUGACGCCGCUCCCUUCGCCUCCAUCUGCGCUGAGGACCAGGGUGCCAUCUGGCUCAACACCAAGUCCCAGGGCAUGACCAACGACAACGUCAAGAUCUCCAACGAGCACGUCAUCAACGGCGGUGCCAACGAGGCCAUGGGCGGCAUGUCCGGCUCCUACUCCAACCUCGCCCGCUUCAUCGGUGCCGACUCGUACAUCUUCUCCUGGGUCUCUCGUGGCGCCAUGGACUUGACCGAGAACUCGUGGAUGGGCUCCGGCUACACCACUUCCAAGAACCGCACCAACAACCGCAACGUCGCCAUCGCCCUCUUCUCCGACAAGAACACCCUCGUCGGCUCUCAGGCUACCUCCGUUGCCGGCACCGCCGACGGUGACUCCCAGGUCAACUGGAUGACCUCUGGCUCCAACGACUGCUCCAACGCCCACGCCGCCACCUUUGACUCCUCCAAGGCCCUCGUCACCUGGGAAGAGAUCUCCUCCCCUACCUGCGCCUUCGACGCCAUGGGCUGCCAGGGUACCUUCGCUGGCACCAAGUUCCAGAUGGUCGGAAGCGACGGCAAGAAGAUUGGUGAGGUCCUCAGCUCCGACGACACCUACGUCGCCGGCGACAUGGUCACCAUGUCCGACGGCCGCAUCUGCUGGCCCUACGUCUCCAUGACCUGGAAGCUCGACGGCCCCGUCACCGGCUCCCCCGUCACCAAGAUGUCCUUUGCCUGCAUGACUGGUGGCGCUGGCUCUGGCACCGCUUCCUCCGCUGCUCCCGCUUCCUCCGCUGCCCCUGCCACCAGCGCCCCCGCCGUCGCUUCUUCCUCCGCUCCCGUCGCCGCCGCCCCCUCCACUACCGAGGCUGUUGACGCCGUCGCCACCAGCGCCGUGAACUCCGCUGACCCCACCUUCGCCUCCGGCACUGCCCCCGAGCCCAUCUUCGAGACCAUCUCCGGCCCGGCCUACACCCCCUCCGCUUCCGCCCCUGCUGCCGUCCCUACCUCUUCCCAGGCUGCCUCCGUCCCCGCUGAGGCCCCCGCCUCUUCUGCCCCGGCUGCUUCCGCCUCUGCCCCCUCCGGAGCUCCCAUCCCCAUCUUCGAGACUCUGUCCCAGGCCCCUGCUUCCUCUGCCGCUCCCGUCCCCGGCACCACCGUCUCCGAGGCCAAGCCCGAGCUCACCGCCACUCCCUCCGGCGCUGCCUCCAAGACCAAGAAGACUCGCACCCGCACCAAGACCCGCGGCCCCAAGCCCACUGGUGCCCCUGCCCACAGCGGCAAGUGCAGCACCCGCACCACCAUCAAGACCGUCUACGUCACCGCAUAA